GAGAGUAUGAGAAAUGUUGGAUGUUAUGUUAAAUAGUUUUAGCGCAUUCUACAUCAAUUUCAAAGGGGAAGUGAAACUAUGAAUACAUUUGCUCUGAAAUCAUUUGUCAAAGAUGCUAUUUAAUUCAAUAAUCAACUAUGACAUGGACAAAAUUAUUUUGUAGAUGGAUUAAUCAAACAGAUGUCAGGAUUAGUAGGCUUUUGCUACAGAGUAUGCAUUUGUAUUAAAAGUCAAUAAAGACAGGUGUAUGCAGGUCGUAGGUUGGUCCUCCUAAAAAAUGGCACUUUUUCUACAAUUUAAAAGUUUCUACAGUAUUAGAAAGUAUAUAAAUACAUUAUUGAGAAACAUAGAUACUCUUAUAUGUAAAAGUGUUAGCACCGCGAACCGAGGACCGAAGGACCAGAAUCACCUAACUUACUUCUUCAAUCCUCCUCUUAAUUUGGUCCCAGUCCGCCCUUCAACGAUGCCCGCCAUUGGAGCGGAACAAAGGCAGGCCCCUAUUCUGCUGCAAUUUGUCAACCUCUAUAAAACUUUCACCUGCGUGAAGCAUGAGAAAUACAGAUUAUCGUUUUUAUAUCUGAAAGUGUCAAUGAAUUUGAGUAUUGUGCAACCAUAUCUCAGUAAUUUGAUUAAAAAUUCAAUAAGGCUACUGUCUUUAUUGCAGCAAAUGCUUUUAAGUAUCCAGAAUAUUCAAGCAUUACAUUCGAGUGGAGAGCUUGAUUAUGUCUUUUUCGCUUUUGCGUGCCUGAGUAGGUUGUACUUUGUUCUAGAACCUGUGUACGUUAGAUAG